GGACGGGGCUGCCUGCUGCUGCUGCUGCAGCUGUGGUGCCUUAUGGAAGUGGAUUGGGGGCUUAAGAGGGGCACCUUAGGGUUUUCAGUAUGAUCCAAGGCUACAGUCCUGUGUUCCAAGCCUUGCUGGGGACCGUCUUCACCUGGGGUCUGACAGCAGCUGGGGCAGCCCUGGUUUUCAUCUUCACACAUGGACAGAGACAGAUCUUAGAUGGAAGCCUUGGAUUUGCUGCAGGGGUCAUGCUUGCUGCUUCCUACUGGUCUCUUCUGGCUCCUGCAAUUGAGAUGGCAGAAUCCUCAGGAAAUUUUGGUGCCUUUGCUUUCUUCCCUGUGGCUGUCGGCUUUACUCUCGGAGCAUCUUUUGUCUACCUGGCUGAUCUUCUGAUGCCUUACUUGGGUAUGGCUGAAGACUCGCAAAUGGCCCUAAUGCUGAGCUUCGACUCCAAAGCAAUGAAGGAGAAAGCUAAUGCUGAAUUCCCUCUGCCUUUCCAUGAAAAUGAACUUUCCAUCCGGAUAGGUCGAACUGGACUUCAUUCAGAAAAGAGUGAGAAUGGAGAAGCAUAUCCCCGAAAGAAGGUGGCUGCUCUUGGAGCCUCUGAUGGCUCUGCCUCCUCCCAGCCUCCCAGGGAGAGCAGAGUGAAGAAGGGCAGCAAUAGCUGGAGACGGAUCCUGCUGCUCAUUCUGGCCAUAACAGUCCAUAACAUUCCAGAGGGUCUUGCUGUUGGAGUUGGAUUCGGGGCAAUUGGAAAGACUGCAUCCGCCACCUUUGAAAGUGCCAGGAAUCUUGCUAUUGGAAUUGGGAUCCAGAAUUUCCCUGAGGGCCUGGCUGUCAGCCUCCCACUGCGUGGUGCUGGAUACUCAACCUGGAGAGCCUUCUGGUUCGGCCAGUUGAGUGGCAUGGUGGAGCCAGUGUUUGGGCUCUUUGGUGCUUUCUCUGUGGUCCUGGCUGAGCCCAUCCUUCCCUAUGCUUUGGCCUUUGCAGCUGGCGCCAUGGUCUAUGUAGUCAUUGAUGACAUCAUUCCCGAAGCCCAGACCAGUGGUAAUGGGAAACUAGCAUCCUGGACCUCCAUCCUGGGAUUUGUGGUGAUGAUGUCACUGGAUGUUGGCUUGGGCUAA